CCUCUUCAGUUGUGAACUAAAGGCAGAUAAGGAGUAUCUUCAAGGUGCAUGAUGAGGAAAAUGAACACCAGUUGUCACUGAGAACAGUCAGUUUGGGUGCUGGUGCCAAAGACGAAUUACACGUUAUAGAAGCAGAGGCAUUGGACUAUGAAGGGAACCCUACUGAAGUCACACAGGCAUCUUUGAAAAUGUCAGUACAGCCUACGGUUUCUUUAGGUGGCUUCGAGAUUACACCUCCCUUCGUUUUGAGGUUGAAAUGUGAUUCAGGGCCCAAUCAUGUCAGUUUCCAGCAUUUUGUAGCAUUAGAGGAAGAACCAGAGUCUGAAGAUGACGUGAAGAUAUUAAACACUUCAGCAAAGAGACCAGCAAGCAGAACAGCAGCUAAAACUCCACAGAAACAAGCAAAAUUGCUAGACGAUGACGAGGAUGAAGAUGACGACGAUGAGGAUGAGGAUGAUUUUGAUGAAGAGGAAGAAGAGAAGAUUCCACUGAAGAAACCUGCCCAGGAUUUGUCAUCAAAAAAUACUCCGAAAUCAAAGCAGAAUGGAAAAGAGUCUAAGACGUCCACACUGGUGUCUAAAUCAAAAACUCCGGCAUCUAAUAAAAAGGAAAAUAAACCACAAAGUCCAAAAUCACCAAAAAGUACCCCUUUCACUAAAGGAGAUUAAAGCGAAGAUGCAGGCAACCACAGAAAAGGGUUCU